AAAACAGCACUACAAGAACCAGCCAUGAAUGUCUCCAUUCUUCUGGACACUAGGCUAUCACCAUGAUGUCCACAUUACAGUGUAUAUGGAUGCACAGGUCCCUGGACCACUGGCAGCAGGUGCCACCUGAUGUUUCUAUGACAACACGUCACCUGGACAACGGCUGUUGUUGUUGUUUACCCACAACUCACAGUUGGACCGAGCGGACGGACGUCUACAGGAUCCCAGAGAUAGCGGCUUCUAGAGGAAGAGGAGAAGAUGAAGAGGGAAGAGGAGAUUGAGGAGGAGGAGAAGAGAGAAGAGGAGAGGAAGAGCGAAGAGGAGGUGGAGAAGAGAGGAGAGAAGAGGAAGAGAGAAGAGGAGGAGAAGAGAGAAGAGAAGAGGAAGAGGGAAGAGGGGAGCGAGGAGGUGGAGAAGACAGGUCAGAAGAGGAAGAGAGAAGAGGAGAGCGAAGAGGAGGAGAAGAGAGAAGAGAAGAGGAAGAAAGCAGAAGAGAAUGAAGAGGUGGAGAAAAAGAGGAGAGGAGAGGAUGCCAGAGUAUUGGAGGAUGAGGAGCCAAGACCAGGCACCAGCCAGGACCCCGGAACAUCAAGCAACUAACCCAAAUUUAACAUCACAGAUCUAACUGUCCAUCAGGUAUUGGGUAGGGGCAGCUUUUGAGUGGUGGGCCUGGCAUCAAUCCCCAGCCGAAACAACUACGUCGCCAUCAAAGGAAUCACCAAAACAGCGAACAAUGCAGCAACCCUACAGAGAGAGCGACGGAUACUCAUGCUGGCCCGAGACUGCCCGUUCCUGUGUCAUCUGUAUGCUGCACAGCAGUCUCAGGACAAUGCCUUCUUCAUCACCGAGUAUCUGUCCGGCGGCAGCCUGGAGGCUUUGCUCAGAAUGUGCAGCAGUCUGAACACCGACACAGUAAGGUUUUACACAGCUGAGAUUGCAUGUGGCCUCCAGUUCCUUCACAGACAGAACAUCGUCCACCGGUAUGUAUAACUUCCCCACACGUUUCUCCUUGUCAUAUUGUAAAUAAUGCACCCAACUUUCUGUGGUGACCCACGGUGAUGGCAGGACCACAGGGUGUAGCUGUGUAGGUGGAUGGGGCAAGAUGGUAUUAACUUCAGGGGCAAGGUGUUAUUAACCCCUAAUGUUCAUGAUGCCAAGCGGCAUCUCCGCUAUUCCAAUAGCAAGGCAGUGAAAAUGAGAGUCCACUACCAGGUUAUGUUUUAACAGAGGCUUUACUGAGGUCAGAUAGGUGUUAUUAUCUUCACAGCUAGGCCAGAAUCCCAGAGAGGUGGCCAGGAACACAGAAGGACCUCGCAGCUUGCUGGGAUCAGCUAUACUUGUAGUAGAAUUGAGUUGAGGCUUGACUAGACUGUGGAUAGUGACAGCGGACAUAGGCUUGACUCACUGGAAUGACUGUAGAUUUGAAGCCUUCCAGGCAAAACAAUUAGAAACCUGUUCACAAGUAUUAGAGAACAUUUUUAUUCUAUCCGCACCAGAAUAGGCGCCCCUCGCCUUAUAUCCCAAGUAAUA